CCACUGACUCCAUGAAACCUCGUAACAUGUGGCCAUGGCGGCUACGUUAGACCACCACCUCCUCACUGCCAUGUCCUCCUUCCUCCUCCUCGACGACUACCCUCAACGGUCUUCUCCUUCGGACAACCUCCCCGGCUGCCAUGAAGCAUUGCGAGCUUCCAGCGAUCCGUUUUGCCCAACUGACAUCGAUGGUGUCAUCCAGAACGAUUCGAAUAGAAUGAAAGCUGGGGUUGGAUGCAGGAUUGGGUUUAGAACCGAAUCAGAGGUGGAGAUCUUACACGAUGGAUACAAGUGGAGAAAGUACGGAAAGAAGUCCGUGAAGAACAGUCCAAAUCCCAGGAAUUACUUUCGCUGCUCCAGGGAGGGUUGUGGGGUGAAGAAGAGAGUGGAGCGAGACCGUGAGGAUCCGAGGUUUGUGGUGACAACAUACGACGGAGUGCACAACCACGUCAGUCCACUGGACGUUUCCUACGGCUACUCUCGGCUUCGUGAGGUGGAGGCGACGACGACGGUGCAGGACUGGUGGCAGAGCAUGCAGGCGCCGCCGCCGCCGCCGGAGGUUCCUGGUUCAUGGAAGAUGCCGUCGCCGACUUGGUGAAAGUGAGGUUUUGAUGGCAUAUGUACGGGAAUGGGAGGAAGUUUGGUUGCUUGACGUUAUAUUGUGUGUGGGUGGAUUGUGAAAGUGACUAGGAAUGUGUUUCGCCAAAGACGGUAACGGUCAAAGGAUUCUCUAACAAAGAUUUGGAAAUUUUAGUUUUCUUUUUAUGA